CUUUAAUUUUUGGCUCUCGCAGCCAACACGUCGCGUUCCGUAUCAUGUAGAGCCUGCGAGAAUCAUAAAUUAGAAGUGUAGUUCCAAAGUCUCCGCUACAAGCCGUCACCUUCCAUGAAGAAUCGAGGUCGUAGUACGAGUCAAUAAUAGGAGGUGUUAAUAGAAGACAAAAUGCCUUUGCCAGCUACAUUAGCUGCUCGUCUUGCAAAAAGAGGAUUAAUAACUGGUUCUGAAAAAAAUGAAUCUGGAAAAAAAGAAGCAAAGAAGAAAAUACACGAAGAAGUGAUAGCUGAAGAUUACGAUAACACAAAGGAAGAAAUCAAUCAAAUUGACUUAUCUCAAAAAUUUAUGGGUUAUAGUGGAUGUCCUAAUAAGUAUAAUAUUUAUCAUGAAUGUACAAAGAAAUGUAAGGAAUUAUGGGGAUUAGGGCAUGUGCAACCUUCAGACAAAUAUUUGAAACAACAAAUGAAGUUAAUCCAAAAGUAUCCCUUACCAGAAACUUGGAAAGCUGUUUAUGAUCCUGGAUCUGGGCAACACUAUUAUUGGGACUGGUCUUCUGACUUAGUAUCUUGGUUACCACCAGGUCAUCCUAAAUGUCAAAUAUCACAACCUGCAUCUCAAUUACGAGAAGAAUUGCACUUGAAAGCAGGUGAUCAAGAUGACAAUAUGUCGAGUGAUGAAAGUGGGAGUGAUCAAGAACCAAUGGAAGUGGAUGAAGCUGAUGCCAAAAAAGAUAAAAAAGUCGAAAAUCGUAUAAGAUAUAAGGGACCAGACAAUAAAAGAUCUCAGAGAUCUGAUAGAACGGAUAACAAAGAUAAAAAAGAUCGGACAUUAGAUCCUAUGGAUCCAGCGUCAUAUAGUGAUAUUCCCAGAGGAAAAUGGUCAGAUGGAUUGGCUAGACACAAUGAAGCAAAGACUGGUGCAGAUACGACUGCUUCAGGACCACUCUAUCAAAUGAGACCAUAUCCCAGUCCAGGCGCGGUACUACGCUCUAAUAGAGCCAAUAAAGCAGAAUCAGAAUCGUCAAAUAAACCGAAAGUUGCAUUUCCAGAGAAACCAGAAUAAAUAUGCUAAUAACUGUAAUAAUAUAAUUUAGCUUCUACAUAUUUUUUCGUUACUGAAAUUACUUCUUACGUAUUAUAUUAACAUAUUUAUGACAGAGCUGACACAGUACGUUUUGUGUACAAAAUUAUUUGUUAUGCAAGAAAUUAUAUUUAUAAAAGCUGAUAAUGCUAUUUAUUACUUAAUAAUUCAGAAACACAUUCGAAAAUGAAGAAUCAUAAUUAGGAAACAUUAAAACACUCUUAUGAUGCAAAAUUACUUUGGCAUUUAUUUGUCUUCUUUGCGGAAGAUUAAUAUCAUGUUAUCUCUCUUCUUGAUUUCUUUUCAAAUAUAUCGGACAAAUAUGUGUAAUUUAAUAUGAAUAUUCCCGCCUUAAUUACUGUGCGUGAACGACUGAAAUUUAUCGUCGAACGUGUCUGUCGCCAAGUGUUUCUUAUGGCAAUACUGAAGCGAACACCAAAUAAGUUGAUUUCUGUAUAAACUAAACUUAUUGUACUUACUUUCUGUAUUUACUGUCUAGAUAUAUAAACUGAAUAUAUUUUUUAA